AAGUCCGCCCUAUUCAACUUCCAAUCACUCUUACUCGUUUUCUUAUUACUCAUUUGUACUUCCACCUAUGUCAGAGGAGCUGCACCUGGUUUGAUAGAUCGUAAAAAAUCUGGAUUCCUAGGUGUCUUUUUUAAAUGCGCAAGAAUAGGUGAACGUUUAUCACCUUAUGUCUCUUUGGCUUGUAUAGCAAUGGCCGUGACUAUAAUGGUAGGAACUUAA